GCUGCUGCUGCUGCUGCUGCCUCAGUCUGCAGACUCUCUGCUUUGUUGUCGAGCAGGAGGUCACUCAGUCCGCGCACAGUCUGCUCACAGCGCACACAGGACCAGGACCAGGACCCGCACAGACCCGCACUGAGCUUCUCUCCGCUGUGCAACAGUAAAACUCGAUCCAGAAUCAUGGGGAAAGGCUGCCUGACAGCGACCAAGUACUUCCUGUUCCUCUUCAACCUCAUCUUCUUUCUGUGCGGCGCCGUCAUCAUGGGCUUCGGACUGUGGCUCCUGCUGGACAAUCAGAGCUUCAUCGUCGUCCUGAAUAACUCCACAGCUGUGAAGGUGGGCUGCUACAUCCUGAUCGGAGUCGGAGCUUUCUCCAUGCUCAUGGGCUUCCUCGGCUGCUUGGGAGCCAUUUAUGAGAUCCGCUGUCUGCUCGGCCUGUACUUCACCUGCCUCCUGCUCAUCCUCAUCGCUCAGAUAGCAGCCGGCGCUCUCAUCUACUUCCAGAAAGAUGUGUUAAAUGAGGAGAUGUCCAAGAUCGUCACCAAGGUGCUGGACAACUACCCCGGCAACAACUCGACCACGGAGCAGGCCUGGGACUUCAUCCAGAGGAAUAUGGAGUGCUGUGGCUGGAGCAGCCGUACAGACUGGAACGGUAACAUGGUGAUCAUCAACAGCUCUCAGCUGCUGUUUCCCUGCUCCUGUCAGAACAUCUCGCUCGUCACAGGAAACUUCUCCGACAGUGGAUUCUGUGAGGCUCAGACGCCCGACUGGCCCGUUUAUGACGUGGGCUGUGCUGACAGCGUGGAGAGCUGGCUGCUCACCAACAUCGGGGUCGUCCUGGGUAUCUGCCUCGGAGUGGCUCUGAUCGAGCUGCUGGGGAUGAUCUUGUCGAUCUGCCUGUGCAGAAACAUUCACACAGAAGAUUACACCAAAGUGCCAAAGUACUAAAGAAGCUCAGAGGAAGUCGACUGGUUCAACUCAACAGAAACAGAAAGAACGACAGGAAACAGUUAAAAGAUGCGUUUUGUUUUCCGUCAUGUGUUUUGGUGAAACAUUUUGUCCAAAUGUAAAAUAAUUAGUUUGCUUUAUAUUGAGUUAGACUCUUCUUCUGUUGAGGCACUUCCAUCUUAUAGUUUUUCUUUGGAGCACUUUAGAGACGUUUUGGAUCAGAGAGCGUCGCUGAAAAUGUUUGAUUAAGUUUCUGUUGUUGGAGAAAUUAAAUGAUGGAUCAGAUCACAGCUCUCGCUUCAUGGUUUUAGUUUCCCUAAAAAAUCUGAAGAGAAAUCAUGUUUCGUGUUUGUGAGGACGAAUUCAAAGCUAACGUUUGUGUGACAACAGAUUUGGACAACUGGAAAAUCCACCUUGUGUGUGUGGUGUGUUGUUUUUUUAAUUUUUAUACACCAGCGUUUUGAGUUAUGUGAAAUGUUUUUAGUACUUUGUAUAUAAUUUAGUCUUUAUUUGUGUGAAUCCAAAACAAAUCUGCCAGUGUUUUUCUUUAGCAGCUGGUUUUUAAAAGUCGGUCGUUGUUUUUGUUUUGUUUUUGUCUUUUUUCGUGUUUUCUUAAUUUUCUUCUGGAAAUAAUAGAAAUAAUGAGAUACUAAAGAGGAACAUUUGAGAUACUUGUUUUCUAAAAGUAUCGCUCCCAGUUUACAAUUGUCUCUGAUGACAAGCACAGAAACUGUUUUUUAAAUGGUAGCUUUAAGUUUUUAUUUUACCCACGUUAAUCUAAAACAAACGAGUUUGAGGAGUGAAAAUGUUUCUUAUAACCACUUUUUGAAAUAUGUGAACUUUAAAAUAUGAGGGAAAUUAUUUUGGAGAAGAAGAAAUAUUUUUGGGGAGAUCCAUCUUGGAAAAUUAUCUAUAGAUAAAAAUCAUCUGAAAUUCAUUUAUGUAUGAUUUUUAACUUUCAGCCAAGAUGUUGUUUUUAUAAUGUACAAAUCCUCCGUCCUGUUUUCUUCCUGUGUACAAACCGUCUGUAUGAAACCAUCUCAUUAACCUUUGUAAUAGUUUCUAAGACACAACGAGUUCGUUUGUUUGUAACUUGAUGGUCUCCUGGUAGCUGGAUUAGAGAAGUGUGUACUCACAACAUUCAUUCUUUCAUUUUGACAAUAAACUGAUUACAGUA